AGAAGAAAGAGGCAAUGGCUCUCAGUGGAAACUGUAGUCGUUAUUAUCCUCGAGAACAAGGGGCUUCAGUUCCCAACUCCUUCCCUGAUGUGAUAGAGCUGAAUGUUGGGGGUCAAGUUUAUUUCACUCGCCAUUCCACAUUAGUAAGCAUCCCUCACUCCCUCCUGUGGAAAAUGUUUUCCCCAAAGAGAGACAUGGCUAAUGAUCUAGCCAAGGACUCCAAGGGAAGAUUUUUCAUUGACAGAGAUGGAUUCCUGUUCCGUUAUAUUCUGGACUAUCUCAGGGACAGGCAGGUGGUUCUGCCUGAUCACUUUCCAGAAAAAGGAAGAUUGAAAAGGGAAGCUGAGUACUUCCAGCUCCCAGACUUGGUCAAACUCCUGACCCCCGAUGAAAUCAAGCAAAGCCCGGAUGAAUUCUGCCACAGUGACUUUGAAGAUGCCUCCCAAGGGAGUGAUACGAGAAUCUGCCCCCCUUCCUCACUGCUACCUGCCGACCGCAAGUGGGGCUUCAUUACUGUGGGUUACAGGGGAUCCUGCACCUUGGGCAGGGAGGGACAAGCAGACGCCAAGUUUCGGAGAGUUCCCAGGAUUCUGGUUUGUGGAAGGAUUUCCUUGGCAAAGGAAGUCUUUGGAGAAACUUUGAAUGAAAGCAGAGACCCUGACCGAGCCCCAGAAAGAUACACCUCUAGAUUUUAUCUCAAAUUCAAGCAUCUGGAAAGGGCUUUUGAUAUGUUGUCAGAGUGUGGAUUCCACAUGGUUGCCUGUAACUCCUCGGUGACAGCAUCUUUCAUCAACCAGUAUACAGAUGACAAGAUCUGGUCAAGCUACACUGAAUACGUCUUCUACCGUGAGCCUUCCAGGUGGUCAUCCUCGCACUGUGACUGCUGCUGCAAGAAUGGCAAGGGUGACAAAGAAGGGGAGAGCGGUACGUCUUGCAAUGACCUCUCCACCUCCAGCUGUGACAGCCAGUCCGAGGCCAGCUCUCCCCAGGAGACUGUCAUCUGUGGGCCUGUGACGCGUCAGACCAACAUCCAGACUCUGGACCGUCCCAUCAAGAAGGGCCCGGUCCAGCUGAUCCAGCAGUCGGAGCUGCGGCGGAAGAGUGACCUGCUCCGGACUCUGACAUCCGGCUCCAGGGAGUCAAACAUGAGCAGCAAAAAAAAAGCCGUUAAGGAAAAGCUGUCGAUUGAGGAAGAGCUGGAGAAAUGCAUCCAGGAUUUCCUAAAGAUCAAAAUCCCAGAUCGAUUCCCUGAGAGAAAACAUCCUUGGCAGUCUGAACUUUUACGGAAGUAUCAUCUAUAGGGGAGGGCGGGUGGGGGGCAGGAAGAGAAAAA